GCAUCUUGGCCCAUGAAAGGAAAUUUUAAUGCGUGUGUGAAGAUGUGGUAAAUGUUCCUUACCGUUAGUCCGAUACAUUUGAGGCUGUGGCUAUAUGGCAGCUUGAUGGAGUUAAGACGACAGGCAAGGCUGCGGCGGGAAUAUAUUUACAGGAAAUCUGUUGAAGAACGUGAUCGUGCAGUUGCAGACAAAAGACAGCGAUUGAAGAGAUCAUUAGAAGAAAACAAGGAGAUACCCACAGAUCUAAGGAGAGAUGCCAUAGACUUACAAAAAAAGCUAGACUGGGAGGAUCCAGGAGCUGAUGGAAUUACAACUAAUGUGGAUGACGAGUACAAGUGGGCUGGAGUGGAGGACCCAAAAAUUAUUGUGACAACCUCAAGAGACCCAAGCUCUAAGUUAAAACAGUUUGCAAAGGAAGUGCGGUUACUGUUCCCAAACAGUCAACGAAUCAACAGAGGGAACUAUGAGACAAAUCAGCUGAUGUCAGCAUGCCGAUCUAAUGAUGUAACAGAUUUAAUACUGCUCCAUGAACACAGGGGUGUGCCAGAUGGGUUGAUAGUUUGCCACCUACCCUAUGGUCCCACGGCUUACUUCACACUCUCAAAUGUUGUCAUGAGACAUGACAUCCCAGAUGUAGGCACCAUGUCAGAGGCUUUCCCGCAUCUCAUCUUCAACAAAUUUUCAUCAAAGCUUGGUAACCGGGUGAAAAAUAUACUGAAGUACUUGUUCCCUGUGCCUAAAGAUGACAGUAGAAGGGUCAUAACUUUCUCCAAUGAUGAUGAUUUUAUUUCAUUCAGGCACCAUGUGUACAAAAAUGUUGACAGAGAUAUUGUUCUGACAGAAGUAGGACCACGAUUUGAAAUGAAAUUGUAUCAAAUCAUAUUGGCACACUGGACACAGCCAGCACUGCAGAUGUUGAAUGGGUCUUGAGACCAUACAUGAAUACCACAAAGAAAAGAAGAUUUCUCACUGAUGAAUAAAAUGUUUCUUCUAAUAUAUCACUGUGCAGUUUGUGGUUCAAAUUGCCAUGUAAUAAGGGGUCUUGACGUCCAACCAGUUUACAUGUGUUGGGAAGUUUUUCCCUUGUUUAUAAACUUUAUUAAAAUUUAAGCGGGUGAAGUUUGAGGAAGAGGCACAACAGUCCUGUGGAGUUAGUUACUCCUGGCAUCUGCUUUGUAUUUGUUGAAUACUUGCUAGUUAUAUGCUUUUAUGAACUGGAUUUGUACAUUUGAAUUACACAUUAUGAUACAUGUUUGUGGGCCCUAUAGUGACAAUAAUCUGUGAAUGACCAUUUGUGUUGUUAUUUGUUGAAGACCGCUUGUCUUCCAUCAAUAUGAUGUGCAUACCUGGAAUUCACACGGAAAGUUUAUCAGUAUUGUUACAAUCAACCUAUAUUCCAAAUAUAUGUUUCAAUAGAUGGAAUAUGAACACUUGGUCUGUUAGGAUGCCUAAAGACAAAUCUUUCGUGUUAGAUUCAAUUCUGACACCACCGAUUUGUGUUACCGGAAUUCAGCAGACAUAAAAGGCCCAUCUGUGAUAUAUGUCAUAUAUGCGUGAGGACUAAGCCACCUGUGAAAAUUCCGCUUAAAUAAAUACUUGUC